UGAGAGAGGACGGUGACUCAGCGAGACUGUGUGGGGAAGGUGGUAGGAAGUGCACCUUCGCUGGUGACUCGUCUGUCCCCUCUGGAGCCUGCAGCUCCUCUAGAGGGGGGCACCAGAUCACAGGUUCAAGUUGGGGUGGGGGGAUGGCUUCCAUGAGUCUGAGCGCACACAGCCACAUCCUCAGGUGCCUCCGAGAGCCAGUGCUGAAGGGCACCUGGGAGGCCCUCAGCUGGUGUUGGAGGAAGAUGUCGCCGUGAGAGAGGUUCGCACAUUUGCAGGUGGACUUGCUUUUGCUGCUUUGUACUCAGCAGAGCUCCGAAAGCUUUUGCCGCUGUCCUUCUGUACGCUGAACAGGAUUUACCUGGGACACUGGCAGGUGAGCAUGAAGGACCUCCUUAGGCCCUGCAGGGAGAGGCAGGUGGCUGGGCUUGCUUUCCUUCCAUCUCUUCUGGACGAGGCGGGAGGUCUGCCCGGGGCCCUGCAGACAGAGUCCUGCAGCUUCUAGGAGCUCAUUCGUCUCUGUGAUGUGGAAAGCAAGGCCCAGGGAGGGACAGUGACUGGCUGUGGCCACAGGGAUGUGGGUGGCCUUCUGCGCCCCAAGUGGGGCGUGUCUCCUGGGCACCUCCUCUGGCUUUGAUGUCAGCCCAGCCACAGCCGCCCUGCUGCAGCCCGUCCAGGGAAGCCUUUGGCUGGGGUUGGUUGGGCUUGGAGCCGGACCUGGAGAGCUUUCCGCACCCCACCUGAGGACCCCAGGAUCAUGUUGGAGACUCACAGGCAGGAGUGAGGGAGGGCCUGACCCUGAGAGGCCCAUGGUAACCCCCAAGCCCGUGCUCUGGGCGCUCCUGCUGGCGCUGCUAGGAACCGCGCUCCCCGCCCAGCCCCGCGCCUGCAGUGUCCCCGACGUGCUGCGCCACUACCAGGCUGUCAUCUUUGAGGACCUGCAGGCUGCCGCGAGGCGGGCAGGGCCGGGGGACGCAGGGGACGGGCCAGGCUCCAGACAUCUCCAUUUCGUUCAGAAAAACCAGACUGACGCCGUGGCCCCUGGACGGCGGAGUCGGGUGGGGCCCUCCUGUGGCGACCAGAAGGAGCACAGUAUUCUAGUGUCCAUCGCGGCCCUGGGGCGGGCCCUGCCACCCAGCAGGAGGGACCAGGGCUCAGGGGAGGUCUUCCUACUCGGUCCUGCUGGUCCUGCUGAGGGGGGUCUGUUGCGGGUGGAGCAAGGGCCCUCGGCAGCCUCGGGCUCCACUGAGUCCUCCGCCUACACGUCCCCGGCCCUGGAGCUCCGCAGCCCCCAGCCCUGCCAGGAGCCCUGCCCAGCCUUUGGGGGGCCUUGUGUGGCUGUGUGUCCUGGGGUGUUGCUGCAUGCUGUGUGGCCCCCUCUCUGCUCAGCAGGGCUCCGUGGGAAUGAGGCUGGGGAUGGGCUGCUCCAGGUUUCCUUGGCAACAGCAGGGAGGAGCCAGGAAACACCAGCUCAGGAAGGAAGGCUGCAGCUGCGCGAGGGAGCCGGAGGGCCUGGCCGAGCAGGCGCCAGGCACUGUCUGUGCCAUCGUCCGGCAUUCUUGCCCCUGGCUCCACCCUGUGCCACCCAGUUUGGGCACGAGCAGCUGCUGGAGGGAGCCGUGGACCUGCUGCGGGAGCUGAAGGCCAUGCCGGUCACGCUGCACCUGCUCCAGUCCACCCGGGUCGGCAUGUCUGUCAACGCCCUGCGGAAGCAGAGCUCGGAUGAGGAGGUCAUUGCACUGGCCAAGUCGCUCAUCAAGUCCUGGAAGAAGCUCCUGGAUGCUUCAGAUGCCAAAGCCAGGGACCGGAGGAGGGGCGGGCCUCCGCCCACAUCAUCCUCGAAGGAGGGCUCCGAGGUCAAGGAUUCCAGCGGCCAGAGGCUGGAGCUGCCCAGGGUGCUGCCAGCCCCAAGGAUGACCACGUUUCCCCCGAUGCCGGUCACCUGCGACGCUGUGCGGAACAAGUGCCGGGAGAUGCUGACGGCCGCCCUGCAGACGGACCGUGAGCACACGGCCAUCAGUGCAGAUUGCGAGCGUCUGUCGGCCCAGAUCGAGGAAUGCAUCUUCCGGGAUGUGGGGAACACGGACAUGAAGUAUAAGAACCGCGUGCGGAGCCGCAUCGCCAACCUCAAGGACGCCAAGAACCCUGACCUGCGGCGGAACGUGCUGUGUGGCACCAUCACGCCCCAGCAGAUCGCGGUGAUGACGUCGGAGGAGAUGGCCAGUGAUGAGCUGAAGGAGAUCCGCAAGGCCAUGACCAAGGAGGCUAUCCGAGAGCAUCAGAUGGCCCGCACAGGGGGCACCCAGACAGACCUGUUCACCUGCAACAAGUGCAGGAAGAAGAACUGCACCUACACACAGGUGCAGACCCGCAGCUCUGACGAGCCCAUGACCACGUUUGUUGUCUGCAACGAGUGUGGGAACCGCUGGAAGUUCUGCUGAACCCUUGUGCAGAUGUGCCUGCAGCGGCGGCCAGCGCUGGCUGUCCCUCCUCGCCUCCUGUGGACACAGCCUCUGAAGCCCUGCCUGUGCCUUCCUGGCUGUCCCCAGAAGGCAGACACCCGCCCCCCAUCUGCAGCACACCUGUCUCCAAACGAUUAAAUGUUUCUUCUUGCCACCA